AAAAAAAAGUUGAACACCACUUAGCCCGACGGACCCGGCCCACUAUAGGCACUUACAAGAAUUCGUGCGAGCAGGCGGUACUAACGCACUAACACCACACUAUCGUUGCUAAGUGCUCGAGUCUUUCACUUCCCCUUGAAAUAAAUGGCGAGUAGCUUGGAGGUGGGUCGUUUUGCUUUUGUUUUACUGAAAACGGAAAACAGAGUUGCGAGAUUUCGCUCCUCCUUGCCUGCAAGUUGCAGAGCUUCCAAGUUUAAUAAUGUUUGGACAAGAAAUUGCUCCGUUUCUUCUGCCAAUCCAUUCAUUGUUGCCGAUAACGAAAAAUAUGGCAACAAACAGAUUAUCAGUAUCACUCCUCGUCUUUACGACUACAUCCUCCAAAAUGUUCGCGAGCCCAAGGUGCUACGGCAACUUCGUGAGGAGACUGCCAGCAUGCGUGGUAGCCAGAUGCAGGCGUCUCCUGAUCAAGCACAACUGCUUGCUAUGCUUGUUCAAAUUCUUGGGGCACAACGCUGUAUAGAAGUCGGUGUUUAUACUGGAUACUCAUCAUUGGCUAUUGCAUUAGUUCUACCUGAAUCAGGUUGUCUGGUGGCCUGUGAAAGAGAUGCUAGAUCUCUUGAUGUUGCUAAAAAGUAUUAUGAGCUAGCGGGUGUUUCACACAAGGUAAAUGUUAAACAUGGACUAGCAGCAGAUGCCCUAAAAUCUCUGAUUCUGAAUGGUGAAGCUUCCAGCUAUGAUUUUGCAUUUGUUGAUGCUGAAAAGCGAAUGUAUCAGGAAUACUUUGAAUUGUUACUACAGCUGGUUAGAGUUGGAGGAGUGAUUGUGAUUGAUAAUGUCCUUUGGCAUGGAAAAGUUGCUGAUCCAAUGCAGGUAAAUGAUAAUAAGACUAUCAGCAUUAGGAAUUUCAAUGAAAGUCUAAUGGAGGACAAGCGUGUGAGCAUCAGUAUGGUACCCAUUGGAGAUGGCAUGACGAUCUGCCGGAAACUAUGACCUGUAGCCAAAGCUGACAAUAGUUCUUGAUUCUGAGACUUGUUCCUUAAGGGAACUGUUGGAAGCAUGUUGUGCAAUAAGUACUUCGAGGAUAGCUACUAUAUUUCUGUUCCAAGUUAUGAUCAAUUUAGCAGUUUCCAUAAACGUUUUGCAUAUCCACAAAGAAGCACGUCAAAUGGGGUUUAACCAUAUGCAGGCCUUGCAGUGUACUUUAAGGAUGGCUACUAUAGUGGAAAUGGAACUCCUAAAUUGAAAUGGCUUUUGAUGUAUGCUCCUAACUGUAAAUUUUGUUCCCAAGUAAGAAGCCGGGAUGAGGAAUUUGGAGAUUGACGUUGUGCACGGGGCAUUGUGGAUUGUUGUUGUUUCCGUUUUGAAGAAUAACGAUUUAAAAAAAAAAUUCUUGUCAGCAGAUGUUGGAAAGAGAGUGAAAUGUUCAAGAGAAUAGUCUCAAAUGUUUCCCCAUUCAAUGUCAUUGUUGCUUGUAGAACUCAUCAGGCCUUAAACAAAGUGCAAAAUAUAUUUCUGCUGUCUUUCUCAUGUCUUCGUCAGAAAACGUUCUGGAGAUGUGAAUUAUGUAUAUUAACAUAAAGUACCAAC